AUAAAAGGCCACGGCCAGCCUGGGGCUGCGUGGAGCGCAGGUGUCACACAAUGCUGCCCUCCUGGAUCGUGGGCCUCCUCCUGCUGGCCACCGUCAGAGGAAAGGAGAUCUGCUAUCAACCCUUCGGCUGCUUCCCCGAUGACAAGCCCUGGGCGGGGAUCUUCCAGCGGCCGGUGAAGCUCUUCCCCUGGGCCCCCAAGGACAUCGACACCCAGUUUCUACUCUACACAAAUGAGAACCCCAACAACUUCCAGCGGAUCUCCUCCACGGACCUGGCCACCGUGGAGGCUUCCAACUUCCAACUGGACCGCAAGACGCGCUUCAUCAUCCACGGCUUCAUAGACAAGGGGGAGGAGAGCUGGCUGACCGACAUGUGCCAGAAAAUGUUUAAGGUGGAGAAGGUGAACUGCAUCUGCGUGGACUGGAGGCGUGGGGCCAGGACAGAUUACACCCAAGCCGUCCACAACAUUCGAGUCGUGGGAGCCGAGAUAGCGUUCUUAAUCCAAGGGCUGUCGACCGAGAUGGGCUACAGCUUGGAGGACGUGCACCUCAUCGGCCACAGCCUGGGCUCGCACGCGGCCGGCGAGGCGGGCAGGAGGCUGGGGGGCCGCGUGGGCAGGAUCACAGGACUGGAUCCGGCAGAACCAUGCUUCCAGGGCACGCCGGAGGAGGUGAGGCUGGACCCGUCGGACGCCAUGUUUGUGGAUGUGAUUCACACGGAUGCCUCGCCCAUAGUGCCUUACCUAGGUUUUGGAAUGAGCCAGAAGGUGGGCCAUCUGGAUUUCUACCCAAACGGAGGAAAGCAAAUGCCCGGAUGUCAGAAAAAUAUCCUUUCAUCCAUCGUUGAUAUAAAUGGACUCUGGGAAGGAACCCGGGACUUUGUGGCCUGCAAUCACCUGAGAAGCUACAAGUAUUACUCCAGCAGCAUCCUCAACCCCGACGGCUUCCUGGGCUACCCGUGUGCCUCCUACGAUGAGUUUGAGGAGAAGAGCUGUUUCCCGUGUCCAGUCGGAGGAUGCCCCAAAAUGGGGCACUAUGCUGACCAGUUCCAGGGGAAGACCAGCGCCGUGGGACAGACGUUUUUCCUGAACACAGGAGAGAGCGGCAACUUCACUCGUUGGAGAUACAGGGUAUCAGUCACACUGGCUGGAAAAAAGAAAGUGAGUGGGUACAUCAGGAUUGCUUUGUAUGGAAGUAAUGGAAACUCAAAGCAAUAUGAAAUUUUCAAAGGAUCCCUCAAACCAGAGGCAAAUCAUGUGCGUGACAUUGAUGUGGACAUCAACGUUGGAAAAGUCCAGAAGGUUAAGUUCCUCUGGAACAACCAUGUGAUAAACCUCUUCACGUACAAGCUGGGGGCUUCGAGAAUCACAGUGCAGAGCGGUGAAGAUGGGACUGAGUAUCAUUUUUGCAGUGACGACACCGUGAAAGAAGACCGGUUGCUGUCCCUUCACCCUUGUUAA